UUUGCACGCGCUCUGGAAAACCUAAGGCCCGGUGCGUGAUAUCGAAAAGACACUGUGGGCUGCCAAAUUUUUCCGUGGCCUGCGCCCCCGCCACUGUCGUCCUCACUGCCGUCCCCCCUAGUCAAUGUCCGUGCAUCCUGCAGCCUUCUGCCAUCCUGAUUGCCGCACCCGCAGCGGCGUGGCCUCAUGUGCUGCCACCGGCGCCGGCCUCACCGCCGCCAUCUCCAGCCCGCGCACGCCGCCUCCACACCGGCCUCUCCACCCUCUCCUCGCGGCGGCGCUACCUCGUGGCUCGCGCGUGCCCUGUCCUCACCACCACCCGGCCCGCGAGUGCCCCUCUUCGACAUCCUCCCCGGCCUGCGGCUGCCUCUGGCCCAGGCGCCAUCGUCCUCACCGCCGCCACCGUCCCCAGCCUUCUCCCGCCUCCGCCAACCACCGCCGGUGCGCCGCCCUCCUUGGUAAGCUCCGGUCGGCCCCUUCUCUGCAGAGUGUGCUCCUCCACGAGCUCAACAAAUUCAGAGACAAUCUCCAGGGAGGGCAUAGCAGCAGCAGUUGAAGAUCAAUCUAUGGGGCCACUGGAAGAUUAACCUAUGGGUUGGGUGGGAAGAUCAAACGGGCCCAAGCUGCAAAACAAGUUAGGACCGAAAAACCCAAUAUGGUCCCUGCUUGGGACCCGUCUCAGCUGGUCAACCACAGUUCUGGCUCCGAGUCGGGACUCUGGAUCUGAGAUGACAGAGUAUGAAUAUGCUUCAUUGGAUCCAAGCUCGCCCAAGCCCCGACGUUGCCGCGAUGACAAUGACCUGGAUUUCAGUAGUCCGGUCGAUGAGGUUACGUGUUUUAGGGUUACUUAUGUAUGGAAGAAAAAUUAAGCUUAUCAUUCAUUUCCUACGGGGAAUUUUUCUAAUUUUCUGUCAUCCCAGCUCCAAUCUCGAGUUGUGAAAAAUAAUGACUUUUUAAAUCAAUGUUCUAGUCUCGAGCGGUGA